UUUCAAGGCAGUGAAAUGACUGAGAAGCGAUACUCCAGCAUGGACGAGUCGUCGCUCCUUAAUCUGCUGGAUAAGACUAUAGACCUAGACGAGCGGCGGCUGAUCCGGACAGCGAUUCGAGACCUACGCCGCUCUGAGAUUGAAGAAAUGGAGGCGGCACUGACCAGUAAACGCUUCAGACGUGCCCACCAGCACACACAUGAUGAUAAAGAAAACCAGUGCUGUCCUGAUGUGGCAGCUUCAUUAGAUGUGCUAUCGGGGAAGAUUCAGGCUAUUCACGACAUUGAAGAACUUAAUGGACUGUUACAAAGCGCCAGUGAAUAUGAAGAAAGAAAACUGAUCCGUGCAGCCAUUCGCCAGCUGAGAGAUGAGCAGAUACGAGGAGCUUUAGAGAAGGUUGAGAGUGCCAGCAAGAGAACAGAGCCCAGACUAAAUUCCCACAGCAGCUUUGACCUGCAGGAAAGGCAGAGAGAGAACACCAGCAACGCAGAAACGCUCAUCGGCCAAUCGAAGAGAAUUGAGAACCACAGAGACGGCUCCACCCCUGACAUGGUUUUAGUACUAGAUCCUCUGGUUAGAGAGAAAGUCUCUUGCCCUCUUACCCAACGGAUUCAGUGUGACCUUGGCUUGCCCUCCUCAGAAGUCAUUCCUUCGUACCGAGAGCAUUCUGACUCUGGAGGAGAAGAAGAGUUUAAUAGCUGUGACUCCCAUCAAAAAAAGAGGCAGAACUCCAGCGCUUCAGACCACAGUCUCGAAUCCUUCACCUGUACUACUGACCAAAGCUCUCUCUCUGGACCAGCUGAAGAGGAGGUGGGCGCAGGUCGAUCUUUGUCUGGCAUGGUUUCAGAAACUCAGCAGAUUGAGCAAGACCAGAAGAAACUUGACAAUGGUGUGGAGAUGACUCCCUUUAGGAGCAGGGCCAGUUCAAGAGACUACUCGCUGAAUGGGACCACCAAGAGGCCUGAAGACAUCUCAGGACGAAAGGCUGCGUCCAGUAGAGACGCUCUCGGGUCUUCUCUCUCUAACAGCAUUGAAACAGAUUCUAAAACCAAAACCGCAUUCUCUGGGCCCUUCAUUCGUACAAAUUCUGUACGUGACAGAAUGCGUACGUUUGCCGAACCUGUUACGAAUGUGCCUAGAAGUGCCCAUGCUGCUUCUCACUCAGCAAACACACAUGAUACUUCAACAGUGUCUGCAGACAAGUCCCAGGACACACCGUCCUGUUCAUCCUCCAUCCCAAAGAAAGGGAGGAAUGUCAACGAAAAUGUGUUGGCCCAGCCCAAGCUUUUCUCCAGCCAAUCACAUGCCGCAGUGGGUGGCUCACAUGGCCACAUUGAAAAUAUUAGGCAUGUGUGUAGUGCCUCAGAAGAAGCGCAGACUCCUGAGGGAACAGCAUCUUCAGGGACCCAGGACACCCGGGGGGAACCUGAGUCAAACAUGAAGACCUUCCUCAGCAUCGAGAUCAAAGAUGGGCGAAAUGCAAUGUCACAUUCUUCACUGUCUUCUUCUACAGCUGUACACAACAUAAGCCCUCGAAUCAUCACAGCUUCUGCUCCACAGAGAACAGAGCUGACUCUUGGUUUAAGAGCGACACCGUUCAAAAUCACCAGUUCGAGUCUGUCAUCUGGAUCCACUGUUAAGAUGGAGACAGAGCCCAUUUCUCUUGUGGUUGAGCCUGUGAGAGAGAUGAAGACCAGCACUCCUGUUCUUCCUAACGGCUCAUCCAUGAGCUCCAUCAAGGCUGAGGUGCAAAAUGAGAAGCUGACCGCAGAUCAGCUGCAGGACAUCGAAGACGAGGAGAUCCUGGACAAAAUGCUUGAUGACUGUAAAGAUUUCGAAGAAAGGAAAUUGAUCAGGGCUGCAAUGAGAGAACUCCGGAAAAAAAAGCGAGAGGCAAAGCUGGGAUGCACACAGGAGGAAAUGGAUCAGAGAGAGAAGGAGAGAGAAGUUCGUCUGAAGGAGCUCAGACAGCAGAGAGAAGAGAGGGCUCAGAAAGCUCGGGUGGGUGGAGACACCAGUGAAGUGGUGAUGAAGAAGACUGAGCGGUCUGCAGAUGGCUCCACCAUCAGCCACAUAAACAAUCGCGUUUCACAGACAGAUGAUGCUGGCAGGAUGUCCCGCAGCACUAUCAUGGAAUCCAGCUACAUUCAAAAGACAGACAAAGGCACAGUUCAAACUAAAUCCUACAGCUACUCCAGCGCCACAUCUACAAGGAAGAUUGGCAGCGUUUUUGACCGUGAAGAUGACACGCCUCGAAGUGUAAGCAGAACAUCAGCUCUUGAGCGCAGACAGGCAGAGAGAACAGAGUUAAUGAGAUCUCAGACUCUACCCAAGACAUCUGCGGCUCAGGCACGAAAAGCCAUGAUUGAGAAACUCGAGAAAGACACUGGAGGCAAUUCAGCGAUAACAGUAAAUAAGGUGCAGCGUUCUACAAGCUUUGGUGUGCCCAAUGCCAACUCCAUCAAACAGAUGCUUUUGGACUGGUGCAGAUCCAAGACCCGUUCCUAUGAGAAUGUGGAUAUCCAGAACUUCUCAUCCAGCUGGAGUGAUGGUAUGGCGUUCUGUGCUCUAGUGCACAACUUCUUUCCAGAAGCCUUUGACUACUCCAACCUCAGUCCCAGUAACCGCAGGCACAACUUUGAGGUGGCCUUCAGUACAGCAGAGGCCUAUGCUAAUUGUAUGCCCCUGCUGGAGGUGGAAGACAUGAUGAUAAUGGGUAAGAAGCCAGACUCCAAGUGUGUCUUCACGUAUGUGCAGUCACUGGUUAACCAUCUACGCAAAUAUGAGAUGAUGAGAGCUCGGGCUCAGCUGGCCACCGACUUCUGAUGCUGCAAUAUGGAGGCAUGUGUUGUGAUCCUACGACAUAUACAGUAGCUUUACCGGAAGAUACAAUUUCCCCCCAAAAUGGUUUUAUUUUGAUUUUGAGUUCUCCCAAAAGUUAAAAUUCUGUCGUCAUAUACUCACCCUCAUGUUGUUCCAAACUGUAUGACUUUCUUUGUUCCGUGGAACACAAAAUAAUUUAUUUUGAUAAAUGUAGGCCGCUCUUAUCCGUGCAAUUACAAUGAAAUGGGGCUGGAGCUUUCAAGCUUCAAAAAGGAUGCAAAAGCAUCAUAAAAGUAGUCCAUACAACUCAAGCGUAAUAAUCCGUGUCUUCGGAAGCCAUACGAUAGCAUUCUCUGAUAAACAUUCGUUAUUUGCUCUAAAUCUUGAAAUCUACCCUAGCUCUUUGGCGCGUCCAGUUCAUGAACGGAUCGUUCUUUGGAUUCAGUGAAUCGGUCUGAAUGAUUUGUUCAGAAAUUGGAAUCCGUUUAACUGACUUAAUGAUCAAGUUGCAGUUGUUCUCAAAUUAAAAGCUCACUAGUGGAAAUUUGGGUGUGUUUCUCACACAAAGCUAUCGUACAUCUUCAGAAGACUUGGAAUAUCUUGCACGAGUAUACGCACGAGUCAUAUGGACCAAUUUAAUUAUACUUUUCAUUAAAUUCUUACAUGGUGCUUUGCAUGUUUUUUGAAGUUGAAAAGCUUUUGCCCCAUAGUCAUUGUGAAGGCAUGGAAAGAGCGACCAGAAUUCAAAACUUCUUGCAUGAUCCAUGGAAGGAAGAAGGUCAAACAGGUUUGGAACUACAUGAGGGUUAGUAAAUGAUAAUUUUUAGGUGAACUAUCCCUUUAAAAUUGUGUUUACUUUCCAGACAGAUCCAAAGAAUUCCUCCCAUAACAGCUGCAAUUGCAUAUUUGUUAAAUUAAUCCGAAAGGUAAAUCUACCAAAAUGUUUUAUUAAUGGUAAAAUAAUAAUAAUUGCAAGUUGUAUUUAGUGUACUUCCCAGCCUUUUGUUGCCUACUAGAUUUCAUGUGUUUUAAAGCAAAAACAUUGUUUUAUGAUGAUUGCCCAUAUCUAGUGUUUUUAAAUACUUUUAAAACUGUUCCACGGUACUGCUGCUUGUGAAAGGAGCUCAGACAAUUGAGUUUAUAUUGUCAUCUGUAUUGGGUUUUGUGUUUAUUUAAGAACUUUGCAGGAAUAUUAUUCUCACUGCUUUAUAUGACUUCAGCCGUUUAGUGCAAGAUGCAACUCAAUGACUGUUUUUAAAUGCAUAUUUCUUUGAAGUAAUUGAACGUUUGGUUUUACACUGAACACAGACCAUUUCAGUGAUUUUCUCCUUUUAGUAAGAACAUAUUUAUUUUGAAAUAAUAUACAGAUACACAAACAGCAGCAUGUACAGUAUAGAUGCACUUACAUACUGUCCUUAUUUAUGGGUGAGUAUAUCUUUGAUUUGUUCAUAUGCAAAUGGUCCAUAAACUUCAUUUGGAAGCAAUGAAGUCUGUCCUAAAUUAAUAAGAUGUCUUCCUGAUUAAAGGGUCUGUUUAUGUACAGAGCCGAUCAAGAGAAAAAUCUAAUUUAAACAGUGUAUGUUAGUGGCCAUGCUUGAUUAGGACAACUUGAGAAUAAUAAUGUUUGACCAGUAAGUUCUACCUGAAAAGGUCAUUGAUAUUUAUAUAUUUGGUUCUAAAGAUGGUUGUAGUUUUAAUUACUUUGAUUAAGGACUGCACAUAAUUUAAUGACAACUGAUGGAUUCUUGAAAACUAAAUGCAAAGCUACAGCAACAAAAGAAAGUGGCAUUGCUUGCAACUUGAAGGUUGCACUAGUAAGGCAAAUGAGCAUUCAUAAGUCGCUAGUAAAGGUGAACAUAAAAAUUGUUUGUACACACUUAUUUGAAACUUGUUUACUCAGUAUUUCCAAACACCAUUUCAUCUAGUAAUCAUUAAAACCAUAAAUUAUA